CCCCGCCCCUGGAUUCAUCCAAAUCCUUUCAAACAAGGUUCCCUCCUGCCACCUGCCGGCCCACUAGGGUCUAAGUCUCGGCACCACCGCGCAGCUCGCGGGGAGGCGCCCCCACUUCCGUACUGCACAUGCCCGUCAGAAGUCCGGGCGCGCAACUUUGCACAACCUCUCCGCCCAGCCCCUCCUCGCCUCAGUCUCCUCUUUCCUCUCCCAGGCGAGAGGACCAGCGGAGGCAGCUCUCCCCAGUCGGACUGCAGAGUCUGAGCCUUAGACAGGAGCCUAGGAGGAGACAGACUUUUUGGUCCUUUGCCCCAUCCCUCCCCCCCAACCCCCCUUUUUUUUGGUGGCUCAGAGAGGUAAGCAGAGGCGCGGAGCUUUAGAAAGUUGAGUGGUCAGGAAGGUAGGUGCUCCCCUUUCUGCCCCACACUGAGGUGGGGCCGGGGACCUCCGGACCCAGCCUCUCACCUGGUUGAGGUGCACCUUUUUCGGCUCUAGCAGCCGAUGCGCUUCGGAGCCGCUCUCUGCAGAGCCGGAGGGCAGGGCAGCUUCUCGGGGUGCGCGUAAGAGAAUGGAUCGUAGGUCCCGGGCUCAGCAGUGGCGCCGAGCUCGCCACAAUCACAGCGAUCUGUGCCCACCCACAGGCCGCCGGGCGGCCACCGCGCUCCUCUGGCUCUCCUGCUCCAUCGCGCUGCUCCGCGCCCUUGCCACCUCCAACGCCCGCGCCCAGCAGCGCGCGGCUGCCCAGCAGCGCCGGAGCUUCCUGAACGCCCACCACCGCUCCGGCGCCCAGGUGCUCCCGGGGCCCCCCGAGGCUGACCACGAGCACGAGGAGGCCGACCUCGAGCUCUCCCUCCCCGAGUGCCUAGGGUACGAGCAGGAGUUUGAUUACGAAUCUGAGACCGAGACUGAGUCUGAAAUCGAAUCCGAGACCGACUUCGAGACCGAGCCCGAGACCGCCCCCACCACCGAGCCCGAGACCGAGCCGGAGGACGAGCGCGGCCCGGGGGGGCCCAGGCGCCCCACCUUCAGCCAGUCUCUCUCCCAGCGCCUGCACGCGCUGAGGCUGCGGAGCCCCGACGCGUCCCCGGGUCGCGCACAGCCCCGCACUCAGGAGCCCCAGAGCCCCCAGGAGGGGGAAGGGCCCGAGCCCGAGGACAAGGAUCCGGGGGACCCCGAAGAGCCCAAGGGGAAGCAGCAGCGCCGCUGCAGACCCAAGAAACCCACCCGCCGCGACCCGUCCCCGGAGUCUCCUUCCAAAAGGGGCCCCAUACCCAUCCGGCGUCACUAAUGGAGGACGCGGUCCAGAUUCUCCUUG